UUAUCAAGCGUGGUGAAAGGAAGACUACCUAAUUCAUCACCAGCAGCCCUGUGGGCCGGUGGGCGGGGGGCCUUGAGGCCCAAUAGCAGCUCGCGGAGGCGCUGUCUCCCGGGCGGCUGCCAGGCGGGCCCCGGGUGCGACGACCCGGGCAGUGCUGACUCAGGGCGCGCGCCGAGACGGUGUCCCCUCUCCCUCGCCGAGUCCGCGACCUCCAGGCUGCUUUACGCUCAAGUCAUGGGUCUUAUUUUCCCAUCCCUUGGUUGGGACCUGGCCUUCAUCGCAGCGAGUCUUGCUGUCUUCACUGCGUGGGUCUACACUAAGGCGUUCUCCUACUGGAGUAGCAGGGGCGUCUACAGCAUUAAGCCGGUGAUAUUCUUCGGAAACAUGAAAGACAAGAUACUUAUGGUAAGGAGUUUCAGUGAUGUGCUGAAUGACAUAUAUCGCAACACUGAAGGACAUAAGUUCGUGGGAUUGUACGAUGCUAAGAAGCCAAUGUUGAUGGUAAAAGAUCUGGAGCUCAUCAAGAACAUAAUGGCGAGGGAUUUUACGAGCUUCUCCGACAGAGGCAUACCCAGUGAUAAAAGUAACCCAAUCAGCGAAAAUCUAUUUAAUAUAGGUGGUAGCAGAUGGAGAAAAUUGAGAAACAAGCUUACGCCAACGUUUACGUCUGGUAAAAUGAAGCUUAUGUACAAGCUUAUGCUAGAAUGCUCCGAAGAACUAGUAGCGUGGCUAAAAGACUUGAACAACAAUGAAGAAGUUGUUGAAGUUAAAGAGAUGGUGGCUAAAUUCACUACAGACGUUAUAGGCUCCUGUGUUUUCGGGUUGCAAAUCAACGCUUUAAAGGAUCCCAAUUCUGAAUUUCGCAUGAUGGGGCGAAGCAUUGUGGACCCUCCUCAAAUUUCCCGGUACUUGAUUAUUAUGGCAACGAUCUUGCCUUUCUUCAGAAAAUUUUUGCAGCCUAAGAAUGAUGAUAAAAAUGCAUUCUUUUUGAAGAUAGUCAAAGAAGUAGUGUCGUUUCGCGAGAACACCAAUGUUGUUCGGGACGACUUCAUUCAGAUGUUGAUACAACUAAAAAAGUACGGAAAAGUAGACACUGAAAAAAAUCCUGUGACUGAAUCUACAACAACAAAUCGAAUGAACGAGCAACCUAAUUUCGACACGAAGAGGGACGAUUCGUUAGAGAUCACGGACGGGCUUCUGGCCGCGCAGUGCUACAUCUUCUUCGUGGCGGGCUUCGAGACGUCGUCGACGACCAUCAGCUGCUGCCUGCACGAGCUCAGCGUCAACACGGCCGUGCAGGACCGGCUGCGCAGGGAGGUGGCGACGGUGCUGCGGCGCCACGACCACCAACUCAACUACGAGGCCCUGCAGGAGAUGAAGUACCUCGACCAGGUCAUAGAUGAAACGCUCCGCAAGUACCCGCCCGUCAGUUUCCUGUUCAGAGCCUGCACAAAGCCGUACACCGUCCCCGGCAGCAACGUGCACAUAGACAAGGGGACGAUGACGAUCAUACCAGUCCGCAGCCUCCACCACGACCCCAAGUACUUCCCGUGUCCCGAGCGGUUCGACCCGGAGAGGUUCAACGAAGAAAACGUCAAGAAAAUCCCACAAUUCGCAUACCUUCCUUUCGGGGAAGGACCGAGGCUCUGCAUAGGUCUGCGGUUCGGACGGAUGCAAGUGAAGGUGUGCCUGAUAGCCUUGCUGAAACACUUUGAGUUCUCUGUCUGCGACAAGACCAGCGUGCCUCUCCGGUUCAGCUUCAAGAUUCCAUUCAUCGACACGCCAAAAGAAGUCUGGCUACGGGUCAAGAAGAUACCAGUGAUCCAAGAGUUCUCGCAAAGAACGGACGUUUACAAACGUGUGAAAGUACAGCGAGAUAUGUUUCAAAACUCCUCUUGACAUGUUGGUGUUUUAUUCAAUAAACGCUAGCAAAACGAUACCAUGCCAACAUGCUCACGGCUAAAGUGAGGGCGUGUAUUGUUUCAGCUUUGAUAGUUAUGAUACAGAGAGCAAAGUAUUUAAAAAAAAUUAUAAGAAUUCUUAAAAUUACUUAACUUUAUUAGCACCCCAGAAAAAUAUUGGGGUUAAGUAUUCCUAGAUUCGAAUGUGAGGUAGGCCAUGUUAAAGACGUGUUAACGUUCGUCUGUGAGUUUAGAUGUAUUAAAGUCUUUAAGCCCUCACAAAUCUGAUCAGCCUACUAGUGUUAAAUUCGUAACAUUACAACUUUAACAUUAAUUUGUUAUUAAUUGUAAAUGGUUUCUUUCCAUGUAUUUGUUGAUCAUGCGCCUCAUUUAAAAAAAUUCAGUUUUAGUCAAGUUUUCCAACAAAUCAAUAAUCCUUUUAUAUCCGGAUGUACCAAUGUAAAUUCUAGUAGAUGAAGGUUUUUUGUAUAAUUUGCCGAAUUGAAAGUUUUUUUUAAUCCAGUAAAAGUACAAAAAAGUUUCAUAAUUUCCAUUUUCAAAAUUUUCAAAUGUUUUACCUUAUAGUGGCCAAUUUUUUAAGCUCAAUCUGAUUUGCUAAUUGAUAGCUUUAAUUUUUUUUCUAUUUUUGUUAUUGUGUUUGCUGUAAAUCAAAAAAUGUAACAAAUAUAUAUCUAUAACGAAAUAUUAAAAAAAUAAACGAUAAUCUGUUUCCUUA